AUGAAAUUGAACAUGUUUUAUCCAGAAUUGGAUCAAACAAAUUUGCAGCUGUACACAUUAUGCAAAUUUGAUAACAAAAGGUAUUAUGACACACCUGCCCAUAUAAAGUCAUUAGACAAUGCAACAGAAUCAGAAAACUUCUCACAGAUCUGGAACAUUAUUAAGAAAUAUAUUGAUGAGUAUGGUAUUAAAGGUGGUGGACAGAAUAUGAAUAAAAAUUGCCUUAAUUUGUUUACAAUUAAAGAUAUGGCAAAAAUUAGGUAUUAUUUGUAUUUGAAUAUUAAAAAUGAAUUGAAUUAUGAAUCUAAAGAAAAAUCUGAAAAAGAACCAAGAUCUCUAGUCCAAGGAAAUGAUAGUGAUGAUAAAGAAUUAGAAAUACCAAAUGAAGAAGUUUAUGUUUUAAUUGUUAAUGAGAUGGUUGAUUUAAAUAAUCAACAUUUAAUGAGGAUUAUGAUGAUUUAA